AUGGCGCUGGACAGUUAUUACCGCAAUAAGAUUGAGGGCAUGAAGCUCGAGAUCAUCCAAGGCCAGGCGAUACUAAGACGAUUAGAAGCACAACGCAAUGACUACAACUCUCGGGUUCGUCUGUUGCGGGAGGAGCUCGGCUUACUCCAACAGCCUGGCUCGUACGUGGGUGAGGUGGUCAAAGUCAUGAGCACGAAGAAGGUGCUUGUGAAAGUACAUCCGGAAGGAAAAUACGUGGUGGAUAUUGCAGAUGGCGUGGACGUGGCCAAGCUCACCGUCGGCAAGCGAGUUGCCCUCCUCUCGGAUUCAUACAAGCUGGAAAAGAUGCUGCCCUCUUCCGUCGACCCUCUGGUAUCGCUCAUGAUGGUGGAGAAGGUUCCCGACAGCACAUACGACAUGAUCGGUGGUUUGGACCAGCAGAUCAAAGAGAUCAAGGAAGUCAUCGAACUUGGUCUUAAGCAUCCAGAACUGUUUGAGUCACUCGGUAUCGCGCAACCGAAGGGUGUUCUUCUCUACGGUCCCCCAGGUACUGGUAAAACGUUGCUGGCUCGAGCUGUGGCUCAUCAUACCGCGUGUCGGUUUAUUCGUGUAAGCGGCUCAGAGUUGGUGCAGAAGUAUAUCGGCGAGGGCAGUCGCAUGGUGCGAGAACUCUUUGUGAUGGCACGAGAGCAUGCUCCAAGCAUCAUCUUUAUGGACGAAAUUGAUAGUAUUGGUUCCAGUCGGAUAGACUCUGCUGGAGGCGGUGAUUCUGAAGUGCAACGAACCAUGUUGGAGCUGCUGAACCAGCUGGACGGUUUCGAGCCCACCAAAAACAUCAAAAUUAUUAUGGCGACCAAUCGAUUGGACAUCUUGGAUCCGGCCUUGCUGCGGCCCGGGCGAAUUGACCGAAAGAUCGAAUUCCCCCCACCUUCGGUCGAAGCGCGUGCCGAUAUCCUGCGCAUCCAUUCCCGCUCGAUGAAUCUGACCCGAGGUAUCAACUUGACCAAGAUUGCCGAGAAAAUGAACGGAUGCUCCGGAGCGGAGCUUAAGGGUGUCUGCACGGAGGCAGGUAUGUACGCUCUCCGUGAGCGACGAGUGCACGUCACACAGGAGGACUUCGACUUGGCCACUGCCAAGAUCCUCAACAAGCACGACGAUAAGGAAGUUGCCGUGUCGAAGUUGUGGAAGUGA